UGGCGCCGCGCGUCUGGGCAUCCCGGGGCUCUGGCUGCCCGCGCCGCGUUGGGCAGCGGCCCCAGCAGACGACUAUGAGCGCCGCCGCCGCCGCCGCCGCCGCCGAGCGCGCCCGCCCCCGGCAGUACCCCGAGCUCCCGGUGUGGGUGGUGGAGGACCACCAGGAGGUUCUGCCCUUUAUAUACCGGGCCAUCGGCUCGAGGCAUCUUCCUGCUAGUAAUAUACGUUUCGUGCACUUUGAUUCCCAUCCAGACCUCCUUAUUCCUGUGAAUAUGCCAGCUGACACCGUGUUCGAUAAGGAAACACUUUUUGGGGAGCUGAGCAUUGAGAACUGGAUCAUGCCUGCCGUGUACGCCGGCCACUUCUCUCAUGUCCUCUGGCUGCAUCCGCCCUGGGCACAGCAGAUCGCCGAGGGCAGACACCACUUUCUAGUGGGCAAAGACACGUCCACCACCACCAUUAGAGUGACCAGCACAGAUCACUACUUUCUAAGCGAUGGCCUUUAUGUCACUGGAGACCAGUUGGAAAACCCGAAACCUCUUCAGUUGGACGUCAUUAUGGUAAAACCAUAUCAACUUGGUGACAGUCAGGAAGAACAUUCUGCCAAAAAGCCCAAGCUCGUGGCGGAAGGCACCGGAAAUGCAGCCUCUGCUCCAGAAGGACCGGGAGAGGAUGCAGUGGCCCAGGGAAGGGACCCUGGUUGCCGAGAGCCCUUUGAUCCUCCCUCACAUGAAGUCCGGGAGGACCAGACCACAGCCAACUCCAAGGAGAUGCUGGAGAUUUUGAAGUCAGGGCCCGCCUUUGUUUUAGAUAUUGACUUGGAUUUUUUUUCCGUCAAGAACCCCUUCAAAGAAAUGUUCACUCAGGAGGAGUACAAAAUCUUACAAGAGCUCUACCAGUUUAAAAAGCCGGGGACCAACCUGACUGAGGAGGAUUUGGUAGAUUGUGUGGAUACUCGGAUUCAUCAAUUAGAAGAUCUAGAAGCUACUUUUGCUGACUUGUGUGAUGGUGAUGAUGAAGAAACAGUGCAGAAAUGGGCUUCGAAUCCUGGCAUGGAAUCACUAGUUCCACUUGUACAGAGUUUGAAAAAACGGAUGGAAGUACCAGACUAUGAAAUGGUUCACCAGGCCGGGCUAACCUGUGAUUAUUCAGAACUGCCUCACCACAUCAGCACUGAGCAAGAAAUUGAGCAUCUGGUUCAGUCUAUGUAUCGUUUGCUGCGGAGUUUACCCAAGCCGACUCUGGUGACAAUUGCCCGGUCCAGUCUGGACGAUUACUGUCCUUGUGAGCAAGUGGACGCCAUCCAAGAAAAAGUCCUGAGCGCUCUGCGCUCCCUGUACGGGACGCUGGACAUCCACCUGACCUACUCUGAGGACUCUUCCACACCUUAAAGCAGGCCCGCGGCCGCC